AUGAGUCUGUCUACCCAUUUGGUUCGCCGUGGCUUCGACGUCGCCCACCAUGGCAUGGUCGCAGCCACAGCUGGGCCCGAGCAGCCAGGCGAGGGCGAGUCUCCUCAAGUCUCUCCCUUGGCCGCCCUGAUCUUCCUCCUUUCUGGUCUGAUUUGCGUUGGCCUUCUAUUUUCCGUCGGUUAUACUUACGGCCACUUGCUCCCGAUUCUAUGCAUGGUUGAGAGCCCUGAGACCGAGGCCUACGUCCCGGUUGGCACGAUUGAACCGACAGACCCUCCUGCCUACUCUGCAACCCCUGCACCCAAGCCCACAAACGGACAACCCGACGACCUCGAAGCCGACACAGAGGGCGAUGCCGAAGUUCUCCUUGUCCGCAACAAGCCUUUUACGGCAUCGAUUCGCCAGACCAUUCUGCACCUUCGAGCUCGAGCUGGCUACUGGUCUCGAUUCCGGGGCUUGUCCAUGUUCGUCGUCUGGAAUAUCAUCUGUGGUGUCCUCAUCUCCAUCAUUGCAACCAUCUUCCCCAACCGACUGGGAGUUGCCUUUGCCGCCAUCGUCGCCGAAACUGCCCUUGCCACCUGGCAUAUGGCCUGGGUACACAUCGUCAUUUCGGAGCCCAGCGAGAAGAGAUGGUAUAAGCGCAUUCCCUCGAUUCGAACCUGGCCCAAAAUAGCCCCUGCCGUUGCUUUGUGGGCAACCACCCACCAGGUUGUAUCAAUUCUGCCUAUGCUGGUUUGCGGCUCGUUUGGGUCGCUGAAGCAUAUGGACAAUCCGCACUACCAGCCAGGCCGGAAAGAUCUGUAUGCUGUCGGCGGGCAGGGAUUUCUAGGAUUUUCCCUCAUGGUUGCUCUAUUCGUGCUCCUUCAGAUUCCCGCCACCGUCACCUUGGUCCGCGUCGCAGCGUCAAUGCUCCCGGAAGAAGAUGAAACCAUUGUUCCGUUUGACCGCACAUUUGGCGGAAAAACCACACCUGCCAUCAUUGGUGGACAAGGCAAGAUCGGGUUAGUCGAGGCGUGGAGAAGUUUCCCAUGGGCUAGUCGAAAGCGAUUGCUCAGGUUGAUGGUCAAGGUGACGCUCAUCUUCCUAGCUUGCUGGCUCCUCGCCACCAUUGUCUUGGUCGCUGAGGCCCACAUCUUGUUCGGGGACAAAUUGGGAGAGAUGAUGAAGACGUUGCACGGCAUUGCACGUGCUCACCAUUGA